UAUUAACUUUGGUGACUGAGGAUUCGUAUUUCGUUACAUUUAGGGCCCACUUGGCAACACUUCAACCACAUCGUUUUCUACAAUUUUACAUGGCUAACCGAUAAUGUCAUAGUCAGUUAUACACUGUCACGUACAUGGCUCCCAGCGCCACCACUAACCGGGAACCAAUUUGGAUCCGAGGAACUCGAGAAGGACCACGUGAUCAUAAGUGAGAGCACGUGACAGGGCGCAUGGGACAUUACAUAUUCACAUUACCCUACUCUUGUUUCAUGCUUCAUAUACCCAUUUUUACCAGGUACACUUUUGUAAUGUAAUUUUAUCAACAAGGACCAUCGUGUUGGUUAGUGAGGUCUCUUCUAAGAAAUUUUACAUCACGAAAAGACCUUCAGUGGAGAGUAAAUCCUACACGAUAUGUUCACUUGAAACAUGACCUUCACAUCCAGCGUGCAAAUCCUUCUCUCCCCGUACUUGGUUUCCAAACAAAAAAAGCUCUCACAGCUGGCUAUACAAUGACGUCAUGAUAUCGACUGCAGACCGAUGAAUUCUCUGUUUCCUCCGAUUCCUCUGUUUCGCGGAGCCUGGGACGCGUAUUUUCUUUUGUAACAAUGCAUCGCGCAGCACGACCCAAUGCGCUUACAUCUAACUGGUAUUAUCGGUAAACAAAGCCUAACGAUACACACAGUGUAUUAUCGAUCUGACGAUAUAACCUAAUGCAUGUUCAGUAACGUUUCAGUUAGUCGACUUCCUUUGAAGCCAUUGCAAUAGGUUAAACUUGAAUACUACAAGUUUAUAUAUGACUUGGAGAAGGGGGCUACGGCGACUAUAUAAAUCAAGGAUAUGCUUUGUGUACAGAUCCGGCAUCGGGUGCGGAUGCGCUGGAAGCAUGGGGCCGUCCUACGCCAAGCUCUUCCUUUUCUGGGUAGUGACGCUACUAUUAGGAUUACUGCUGCUGCUGACAUACACAAAGUCAUCUUUCAAAUUUCUUCAAGAAUCACGGUGCCAGAUGCUGCAACAACCCAUAAAACAAAAAGCCCCAGUUUGUAACAUAACCACACAGACAGUCGAGAAAAUAGUCGAAAAGAAGAUACAGGUUCCCGGACCAACGCAAAAGAUUAGCAUUCCUGGAUUGACAUCACAAGGGAAUACCUUCGACUCGAAGAAACCGGUUCCAAAGAUUGUCCACUUCACCUGGUAUAGUGGGAGCAAGCUGACGCUAAGGUUCCAUCAUUAUGUGUGCAUUUGCGCCGCUUUGAAAUUUAUAAAGCCGGAGAAAAUUAUGUUUUGGUAUGAGGUGGAACCACAAGGAAAAUAUUGGGAGCAAAGUAAAGUGAAAAUCAGUGCGACUUCUAAACUUGAGAUGAAGUAUCGUGUUGGCCCCACUUCCAUCUAUGGCAAUCAUAUCAGUGUUGCGGAGCACAAAUCGGAUGUUGUGCGGUUAGAAGCAGUGUUAAAACAUGGAGGAAUCUAUAUGGACCUAGAUGUAAUAAUGUUAAAAUCUAUGGACGACUUUUUGCAUCAUGAUACAACAAUGGGAUUCGAGUUACCAAACUGGCUAUGCAAUGGUUUCAUUAUGUCCAAGGCUUUUGCGCCGUUUUUGCGAAUGUGGCACACGGAAUAUGUGUCGUUCAACGACGGGAACUGGAAUUAUCAUUCCGUCCAACUCCCUGGAAUUAUGGCCAAAAAUUAUCCGAGUUUAGUCCACACAGAAUGGGAUACCAUUCACCGUCCCAACUGGCAGGAAAUUAAAAAAAUUUACGGAAUUGGUGUGAAGUAUGAUUGGAGUAGGAAUUAUGCAAUGCAUCUAUGGUAUAGGAAAUAUGACAAGGAACAUAAUGAGGAAGAUAUUAAGAAAUUAAACAGCACUUUAGGUGAAAUGUUUCGAUAUAUUUUAUAUGGAAAGAAAGAAAUCAUGAGCUAGGACACUGUGAUUGGAAAUAAUCUAGCCUUCACUUCUGUAGUUGUUUAUUAGAUUAUUGAUUGUUUUGAAAAACCGGUCCCCUGCAUUACCAGGUGAACACUUCGUGUUGAUGGAUGGUUAUAUAAUUCACUCAGAGGACUCAUUGUGGUGCGACAAUUUUCGACAACAUUUUAAUGCUGAAUUUGAGCUACUGCUGAUGGUCUCCUGUAAAUCAUUUGCCCGAAUGUAUUGUAAAUACAUUCAUUUGCCCGAAUGCAUUGUAUAUAUUCACAGUGGUGUCCAUCUGCACAGAUGAUUCCAAGAACAACGAUAUGUAAUAUGAAAAGUAGUACACCUACAAAUGAUGUACAUACAUGUAGUUAUAUAAAAGAGAGAGAUUGUGCUCAGGAAACUACUGUCUAAGCUGUCCAUUCGAACUAUUAGACAUAUUUUCAAGAAACUUCUUUUUUUAAACAAAACAUGUGUGAUGUUAAAUGAUGGACUUUAUUACCGCUAGGCGGCAGUAAUUUGCCUUUUGAUACAAAAUCGUUUUCAAGCCUAAUAAUUGAUGUCAACUGGACAUUAUUUGGUUGAUGUUCUACCAGUUGAUUUAAUGUGAGCGAACAUUUAUCUUACAAGAUAGAUGGACAUCAACAGAACUUCCUUGUGUAACGGCAUCUAUAGAUUGUAGCCGCAGUGAACGAUUGCCGGAUAAAUUUAUAACUACAGGGUGGCAAAUAAAAGUUCGAGCAUUCUUCCAUCAUCCGCAGACCCAAAGCACGAGUGGAUGAAGAACCUUACUUGAAGAAAAACGAGAGUAAGCACCGUGUUUCAGUCCAGUAGUUUUUCCCUCGGAGACAAUUUUGUGAGCAGAGUCGGGGGUAAUGUUUCAGUUGUUCCAACCAUGAAGCUCAAUGUUCCAACUCCGUUCUUCUUUCAACUCAAAUUACCCCCUACUCUGCCACAACAAACUGGUAGUGGAGCUGAAACCAGUCCGAAGCGAGAUAUCGUGAAGAAGCAAAACAUGGUGAAGAUUCUAAACUGGUAGGCCACUGAUGCGUUGAGUCCGAGGGUGGAAAUGGAAAUGCUUUUCCUUUUUGGGCCAUCUGUAUAUUCGUUGAUAUAUAUGAUAAAAUCUUCACACCGUUUAUUUUCAUGCUGAGCAUAAUAAAUUUUGAACUUUUUUUUUUACAGGUUGGAUAUUUGUUUGAAAUACAUUAGUCAAUGUGUUGUAUGUAUAUGCGUAUAUACGAUAAUAUAU